CACACACAUAUUGCAUAUACCCGUGUUUAUAGAAACGCAAUCAUUUGUUUGUCUUUCUCGAGAACCUGUAUAAUCCCUGUUUCCUUACAUACGAAGUACAAGCUCGCACACGCACACACCUUUGCAAUGUGCGUACAUGAAGACAAAUAGAUAUUCAUAUCCAUAUAUCUUAUUAUAAGCCAUCGAUUUGUAACCGCCAGACCAAGCCAACACAACCUAUCCGGCCACAAACGGCCACCUCUAUACUCGCGGACACUUCGUUAGUCCCAAACAGCUUUGCUGCUGUCGUAUACACCCAUGUUCCCACCCAAGAACUGAUCGUUGUCAGAGUCAUCUACCGACCGACUCUUCCCUUUUGUCGCUUGGAUCUUACUAAACAAAAACAUAACCUUCUUUGAGUUCUUCUACUUUUCCGUAUUCGUUAUCUUCAGUUCUCUGUAUUCCGUUGUCUUCCAAUUGAGGCGAUAGGUAACAAUCUAAACCCCGAAGAUCCGAAAGAGAAAAAAAAAAAGAAGAGAAAAACACAGGGUAAAUAGAAAAGACAGAGGUGUCGGACGCGACAAAAAGAGAGAGAGAGAAAAGCAAGACAAAACGUGUGUAAGUGUGUGAAAGGAAAAUAACUAAAGCUCUGUGGAAAGCGCACUUUUUGUGACUUAAUGAGAGAGAUAAAGAUAUAAUCAGUCAGAAAGAGUCUCUCUUUUUCACUCUCUCAUUCACACAAAUACAAAAAAAAGCUGAACGGGAGUAAAAACAAGACGGAAAGAGAGGAAGAGUUCGAAAGAGUAUAUGUAUGUGUGUGGGAAUUAGAGACAUAUGGUAACUGACAGAUUGGAUUUAAGUGCAUCAGAGAGAGGGAGAUAGAUUGUGUAUGUGUGUGCAGAAGAGUGACAGAGAGAGAAAGAGAAAGAAAGAGAGAGAGAGAGCCAUAGACGUUUAAGCUAAGCUGACUGCAGAGCUAAGCGCGUCAAAGCGAUAAGACAGUGAAAGAGGAGGCUGAUGAGUGACAGGGAGAGAGAGAAAGUGUAGAAAACCGAAAAGAGAUAUAUAAAUAUAUGUAUACAUAUAUACACACGCAAACAUAUACACUAACUGACGGAGGAGUUAAAGCACGUCAGGAAAAGAAAGCUAGAUGGAAAUUAAUAGACAGAGAGUGAGCGAAUAGAAAAGUGAAAAGAGUGAGAGAGAAGGAGAGAGAGAUGUGGUAAGUAAAAGUGACCGAAAGAGAGAAAGCGCACAAGAGUGACAGAUAGAGAGUAGAAAAGAGAGAGGGAGUGACAGAAAGAGAAAGACAAAGGUUUAGUAGGAGAGUUGUAUACGUCAGAUAGAUUGAGAGUACGAAGGAGCCUCGAAUAGGUCGGCCAAGAUUGGACUAUGCUGCUAUCAAAUCGAGCCAGUUUACCGCUAUUGAAGCCGGUGAACCUGCAGUGUAUUGUAAAACACGUUUAAAAGCAUGUUGGAUGUACCAGAUUUACUCGAAUGUCAGCAGUUUUUACCGGCAUGGGACCAGCUAACAACAAUGGCCUCAUUUUAUUCUUAAUUGUAAUAUGCAUACGAUACGCAACAAGCACAAAUCACGAAGGAGACGUGCUGGAUUUGAUCACGUCGCUAAAAAGAACACCAAGUCCUGGAAUUCAGUACAUUACAGGACCUAAUAACAUAACGCCAGCCAUUAGACUCACAGAUAGCCAGAGAGUGGUUGUUCUACCAGAUGCAGUCAGUGCUAAGGCCCAGAGAUUUCUCAGAGAGAACAUUGACAUUACAUUUCUUGCUACAUUAAAGCAAGAAAUUGGAGAUAGUGGAAGUAUUUUAUCCCUCUCGACAGGCAUUAACAGGAUUCUCGAAAUUGAAAGUAGUGGCAGGAGGAACGAAGUGAGGUUUUAUUACACACAUGACCAAAAAAUACAAAUUGAAACAUUCCCUUAUAAACUUGCUGACAAUCAUUGGCACAAAUUAGCACUGAGCCUAAGUGCAACAGACCUCACCUUAUUUGUAGACUGUGAACAGAUCUAUAGACGAGUCAUACUGACGUUGGACACAAAUUUUAAAGCUGACAAAAUAUCACUGUUUUUAGGUCAACGUAACAGAGAAUAUGCACAUUUUCGGGGUGCUUUGCAAGAUGUUAAAAUUGUAACAAAGUCACAUGGAUAUCUCAUACAGUGUCCACAUCAAGACACAAGUUGCCCGACAUGUGCACAGCAUCAACAUCUGCAGAAAAUGUAUGAAAAAAUGCAGAGCGAUAUCCAAGAUUUGAAUAAAAAACUUCUGCAGGCAGAAGAAAGAUUGUUGAAAGUGGAACAGUCCCCUUGUCAUUAUUGCAUUUAUAAUGAUACAAUGAAAAAAGAGGGGGAGAGGUGGAGCCCUAACAAGUGUACAGUUUGUAUAUGCAAGAAUACGUCAGUUGUAUGUAAACACAGGGAUUGCUCAGUAGUGGAUUGCCGGAAUCCCGUUUAUCGAGAUUGUUGUAAACCAGCUUCUGAUAAUUGCUGUAUCAUGGAUAACAAUGAAUAUUAUAACCCUGGGGAAAAAUUCCAAAAAAGUAACUGUUUCUAUUGUGCCUGUGAUAAUGCAAGCAUAGUUUGUAACCAGACUUCAUGCCCUGAACUAAAUUGCUCAAAGGACAGUAGAAUAUAUAUUGAUGGAGAAUGCUGCCCAAUAUGCAAUGGAACCAAUUUUUGUGCAUUAGACCAUAAUUGUCAUGUCAAUGCAACUUGUGUGAAUCUCACAACAAGAUACAUCUGCCAGUGUAAGUCUGGAUUCCAUGGAAAUGGUACUCACUGCAAAGACAUUGAUGAAUGUGUGUCUGUUGGUGGGAAACAUGGACACCACUGCAACGGAAAUACAGUCUGUGUAAACACCAUUGGAUCAUACCGGUGCCAAUGUGCGAACAAGAUGGGUGACUAUGGUGAGGAUGACAGCAGUGGCUCCUGUGAAGGAGUGACUGUGGAUUGCUCUCCAAAUAAAGAUGAUGAGAAACCCUGUCAUGUGAAUGCAGUGUGCACUCAGAUUGGUCACACGUACCGGUGCAAGUGUAAGGAUGGUUAUCGAGGCAAUGGACGCUGGUGUCAACCUGUAUGUGAGUCUGAGUGUAAAAAUGGUGGUCGCUGCAUUGCUCCAAAUAAAUGUGAAUGCCGAUAUGGAUAUGUGGGUAAAUAUUGUGAAAAUGAUAUCAAUGAAUGUAAACUGGGUAUUGAUGCCUGUCAGGGCCAGUCAGAAUGUGUCAACAUUCCUGGAUGGUACUACUGCCGUUGCAAACAGGGAUAUGAUAGCUCUUGGCAUCAACACUCCAUGUAUGGCUUGCAGUGUGCAGAUUUGAAUGAAUGUUUGGGUGAGGGAGAUGGCCAUACUUGCCAUCCAAGCACUAAGUGCUAUAAUACUGAUGGCAGCUAUGAAUGUCGUUGUAAAUACAAGGAUGACUGCUCUCACGGUUGUAUAUUUGAAGGGUAUUACCAUGAAAACAAUUCCAGAUGGAUUUCUGAAAUUGAUGUGUGCUCAGAUUGUAGUUGCAAACGUGGCGUAGUUAAAUGUCACCAAAGGGAAUGUGACUGUAGUAAGAGGAAAAUUAACUACUCCUGCUGUCCACACUGUGCUGAAAAAAGAAGUUGUCCACAUCAAGAACACUCAUUAAAAAUGUCACAUGGGCAAAAAUGGGUGUAUGAGUGCCAGACGUGUGAAUGUUUAAGUGGAGAGGUUGAUUGCUGGCCAUUAGAAUGUCCAAAGCUGAUGUGUUCUGAUGUGGUCAAAAUGUCUGGAGACUGUUGUCCACGGUGCAUCGAUGAUGACCCGUGUCAUGAAAAUGAUCAAUACAGUGUAAUUAAUGCCGGCUUGAUUCCAAGCCUUUGUAGAUACCAUGGUCGUAAAUACCGUCAUAAUGAUCACUGGAACCUCCAUGGAGAUAAAUGUACCACUUGUAAAUGUAAGCGCGGACACAUAUGUUGUUCUUUCAACCAGACUUGUACAGCCCUUGAAAGAUCUCCGUGAUCGAAUAAUGUGAUUUAAGUUUGCAACGGCGACAGUUUGUUGCCUACAUUUUCCAGCAAAAUACAGCCAUUCCAUGCCGCCACGUAUGACAAUGUAGAAUGCCAUCCUAGCUGUACGGGCCUCUACUAAAUGUAACUAACUUAAAUGAGACUUGGGCGUCCUGUGCUGCCCAUGCAUUCCCUACUCUUCUGGCAGCAGGAUGGCUGCAGCUGCAGUAGUUGCUGCUGGAGGUGCAUUGGUUCCUUGUCAGCUUUUGGUGUAGCUCUCUUUGAAAUCUCUGCUCAUUGUACUAAGACGGACUUCUACAAGAAAUUAAAUGAUUAAAAAAAAAAAGCAACAAGUUUGGCAUAUAACAGGCACACAAACUGCAAGAAUUAAAUGAUUGGUUGAAAACAGUGAGAAAGGGCGUGUAUGAAUAUGUAUGUAUGUGUGCAUGUAUGAGAGAAAGAGCAAGAAAAUAAGAGAUUCUGGAGUUCAUUCAUGGAAAAUUGUGUACAUUGACUGUGUUGUUCUGGUCUCAGACUAGCUGCCCUUAAGCAAAUAUCUCUGUUGAUACCAAAAUGUAAAAAAGACAACAUUGAUGUGAAAAUUUCUGAGUCUGUGUGUGCAUAUGUAUUAUAGUAAGAUAUAUUAAUAGCUGCCUACUGAGCUGAAUCUGUCAGAAAACUUUACCAAAAUAUGCUCAGGGAAUCUAAUAGCAUUGCCGCUUUUCUCUUCUAUCUGAUCUGACUGGUCCUGUCUUCUCCAGACUUUGUCUGCCAGUUCGGCUAUACACCCUUAUACACCAAGUGGAACUCCUUCCAAUUUAUUUUAUUUUUUAAUUUCAAAUUGAGGUGGGAAGUAUUUGUUAUUUUGGCCAAAAAAGAAAAACAAAGGAAAAGAAAAGAAAGGAAAAUGACACACACAAAAAAGAAAAAUUCUUACUGUUUAUUUCUAUUCUACCUCUAUUAUUUUUUUUUACUUUCAUUUUUUUUUUUUCGUCUAAGAAAUAAUUUUAGAUGCAGCAAAGAUGAAGGACAAGGUCAGACAGUUAAAGAUUUAGAGUAGAAAUUUAAUAGAUAAACCCAUAAAAUGGAUUCAGACGGCUAAAAAUGUUUUCAGACCAAAGGAGAGAUCAGACAACCAGAGAAAUUAUAUUUCAAUUUCUGUUGUAAGAAGACUAGGUUAGACAGCUUCCAAAAUAAUUUAGAAACUUCUGCUUACUUCUACAUUAAAGACUUAUCAGACAAAUUGAGAAACAGCACAUAAUCUUCACAAACGGUAAAACUGUCCAAAUAAUAUUCCAAUUUGUUUCUUUUUAGUUUCCAUACAUAUAAAUAUAUUUGUAGGAACUCCCAUAUCUUUCCUGUAUACUCUUCCAUUAGAUUCACGGAUCUCUAUUUUUCAUAUACCCCAAGUCAAAUACUAUCUCUUUGUUCUCACUCACCUUCAAUGUUAUCAACUUUCAUUUCUCUCUUCCCACCAUCUUCCACAAAAUCACCCAAUUUGUGUUACCUUAUUCUAUGUUUAUCAAUUCCUAUCUCAUUUUUAUUAUCAUAUUAUUCAUGUUCACCAAUUUCAAUCUUACUUCCAGCGCAAUAUCUAAAAAUAAUUGAAAAUUACCCUGCAUUUCAUUUAAAAAAAUUUUUUUGUAAGAUACUAAAAUAUCCUUUGCACAUGAGAAUACAAUGAUUAUAGUCAAUUGAAAGCCUACCUAGACUAUAUUAUAACAUCAAGGCUUAUUUAAGAGGUAAAAUACAUUCUAAUCUCAUAGAUUCAAAUUGAUCCCAGCUUCCAGUUGCAACAACAUAUAAUAUUCUUUAUAAAACCUUAAAUAGAUUAUCUCUUCUCCUUUUCCUGUUCACAACACUAUGUUGGUGUGAACUAAUCAAUAUGUGAGGAACUGUAUACGUAUAAGGUAUAAAUGUGUGAAUGUAAACACUUCUUAAAUGUAUGAAUGUGUGCACUUCUUAAAUGUGUGAAUGUGUGCACUUCUUAAAAUUCUUAAUAUUUCUUUUCAUUUUUCUUCAGUGGUAGCAUUAUCUCAAUUUAUAUUUUAUUUUGUAAUAAUUUGGUCUUUAACAAUAGCACAAUAGUUUAAUGCUACUAUCUUCAGAACAGAUUGCAAUCCAGAUCCAUUAGAAGGUCAUGUGACUUAGAUUUCAAGAGGCUUCAUUAAACACUUGGAUUUUUAAUUUGUAUGACAGCAGUGAAAUUAAGUUUUAUUCAAGGGAGUUGGAAUAUUUGCUUCCAUGAGUGUAAUGUUAAGGUACUGGAUUACUGACUACAUGAAAUAAGGACAACUUUAUUGCAGUUUUAAUUAAAAAAAACCUUGCUACAGUACUUAAACAAUACAAAUUACACUGCUUGAUCCAAGCUGUCUACUAUUAGAUGUCACACCUACUUCAUGAUUUGGUGUUUGAUACUAAUAUGGUUAUACAGCUGUAAAAAUAAUUGCUCUAACAUAAUGUAAACACACAAAUCUCCAUGUGAGCAUGGGAAAAUGAACAUUGAAUAUAUUAAAAAAGAAAAAUAUUGCUGUCAAUACACCAUACUUCAAAUUAUUUGCCACUUGGGUACAGAACCUCAAAUUCACAGCAAUGGGGAUUAUGGAAAUAAAAGAAUAAACUUUCAUCUUUGAAUUAUAUACUUUUAAAUCUUUGCUUUUUAUUUUCCCCUUCAGAUAAUUUUCUCCUUUAAAUAUCCUUCUUAUUUUUCAAGUUGUUAAACUUGCAACCUUCUGUUUCCAGCAAGCCUAUAAACAAUGGUAGAUACAAAACGUAUGUGUUGUGUGCAUAUAUAUAUAUACACACACAUGCAUUUGUAUGUACUAGUUUACAUGUGUUUCUAUUGUCCAAAAGUAUAGGAGCUGGGGGCAGAGAAUCUGUUUACUUCAAGUAAUACAAAGCAAAAAAUUUAAUCAAAUAUUUAAUUAUAAUUAACAAAUAAAACAUAACAGUUAUGUAUUAUUACUAGAAUUAAAUUACUCUUCUAAAAAUACUUUCUCUAUAGUAUCCCCUUAAUUUGUUUUUUAACAGUAAUUGAAAUUUCUUUCAAGAACUUAAAGCCCCUGGUAGGUUUCUGAUUGUUCAACCAAACAUGAAAGAAAAUUACUUUAUUCAAGUAAAGACUAAUAAAAUUGCUCUAUGUUUAUUAAAAUCAUUUCCUGAAGACUGAAAAUAAUAAAUUUCAAACGAAAACCUGAUGCCUUUAAGUGAAGUAAGUCAUCAUGACUCCUCAUUAUUGUGUGGUAGCCUACUGUGUAGUUUACAGCCACCAUCACACAGCAUUAUUUUCAGCCUGAGGACAUUCAAAAUGCAAGGCUCAAAUAUCAUUAAACUACUUGAUUCUAUCUGAUAUAUACUUCUCCAAAUUCAGAGUCAAAGUGAUAAUAGAAUUGUGUUUAGUGCUAUAACUGGUCAUAUACUCUGUCCUACCAAAUUUUAGCUUAAAUGAUUACCACAAUGUUAUCCAUUAAAACUGCUGUGAAAAUGACAUGUUUAAAAACUUAAGAUUCUUCUAUGGAAGUAAUAUGGUGAGAAUAACUUUAACUGGAACCUCUCUAAAUAUCUCAGAAAUGUACGUGUAGAUUUGAAACAUUCACAUUCAGUUGAAAUACCUUUGCUACAAAAAAGUAAGGCAGCAUGCUGGCAGUCAUUAGCACUUUCAGACCAAAUGCUUAGUGGUAUUUCUUGUCUCUUUAUAUUAUGAAUUCAAGUUUGACUUUGCCUUUCAUCUUUCAUCGAUAAAAUAAGUACCAAAGUCAAUGUAAUCACCUCCCACUCGCCUCAGAAAAUUGCUGGCCUUGUGCCAAAAUUAGAAACCAGUAUAAUACAAAAGUUUAAUUUUGAAACAAUAAAUAUAAUCUUCAAAUUUACUUCCUGACCAAGAGCUUUUGCAAAUGAUAUCAACAGUUUGAAAUCUCUCUCUUUCUUUAUAUAUAUAUAUAUAUAUAUAUAUUUCCUAUUUCAGAAAGUUGUAUUAUCUUCCUGUCAAUAAUAAUUCAUAAAAGUCACAAUACUAGGAGUGAAAAGAGAUAUGGUACUGUACAGACACAGCUAGACCAUACCAGUACAUAAUUAAAUCAAUAUUGAUCUGGCGAUAACAAUGCCUAAUUUGAAUGACAUUUUAACCUUUCUUUCUGCUCAUUCUCUGUUGUAUUUAUUCCAAAAUGUCUAAGUGUUACCUAAAGCAAUUACUUCUCUAGUCACAGAUAUGUUGUAUUAUGUUUGGGGACAAGUCACCCAAAUUUAUUUGAUUAAAAAAAGAAAGGAGCAUUUCUAAAUCAUAGAGGAGUGAUUAGUGUGGCUAGAAUCAUUCAGUUGCACGUGUGAAAAUGCCAUGGGAGUUAUGAUAAACUACUUGUCUAUCUGGAGGUUUCUUGGAAUAAGAUUUGAGUUGACUUCAAAAUGUUGAUAGAGACAGGCUGAGUAUUUCAUGCUUGAUAAGCAAUCAAUUGUUCAGGAACAAGAGUGAAAGAGACAAAGGGAAGUAGCAAUUUCCUGUGUCUUAGACAUAAAUUUAUAUCUGCACCUUCAUUUCAUAACUGUUCUCAGUGGUUUUCAUUUUUAUCUCUUUCUAAUCUUAUUGCUGGUCUACUUACCUGCCAGUCAGCCUCUCUCACUCUCUCUCUCUCUUUCUCCUUCUCACUCUCCCUCUCUCUCUCUCUCUGUCACACACGUUCAUACCAACUUUAAUAUGAAGAAUAAUUUGCUUUUCUCUUUCAUUCCCUUUUAUUUUUGUAGAAUUCCCAAAAAGAAAACCAAGGCAAUCAACUAACUUAUUUUGCCUUUCUUUUGCACCCUCUUUCAUCUAUGCAGAACCUAAUAAAACUUUACAUAUUUAAUGUUGUAAUCCUUUAAUUAUACUUUAAUAUGUUUCUUCCUUAAAUUUUUGAUUGGUUUGCUUCUGAGUAAACUGAUUGUAAUUCACUGUCUUAGCCAUGUGAAUAAACAGUUUCAGAAUUUCAUUCUUGAGCAGACUCCUUCCUCAAUCUAAUCAUUGAUUCUGAAAAAUGUUGCACAGAGCUAGAGAUUAUCCUGAGUUUCAGGCAUAAAAGAAAUGAUCACCACUUCUAACCCAUGACAGAACAUUCACCAACCAACUGCAACAUGUGUCCUCUUGAAAAAAUUUAAGCCCAGCAAUCAAAGAUAACAAAAAAGAAAAAACACUCAUUAAUUAUAUUGUGCUCCCACUACUUACAGGACUAAAAGUAAACUGAACCACUGAGAAUUAAACAUCUUGUUCUAUAAUAGUUAUUCUCUUUAAUGCAUCCAUUAAUAUUCUGUAAGAGAUUAAGGCAGCGAACUGGCAGAAGUGUUGACACACUGAACAAAGUGCUUAGUGGCAUUUCUUCUGGCUUUUCUUUCUGAGUUCAAAUUCUGCUGAGUGUGACUUUGCCUUUCAUCUUUUCAGAAUUGAUAAAAUAAGCACCAGUUGAUGUAACUGACUAGUCUGUCUCACAAAAUUGCAGGCCUUGUGCCUAUAGUAGAAAGAAAUAUUCUAUAAUAUUCCACCAAACUUUUUCUCUGACUAGAGCUUUUCUCUGACUAGAGCUCAUCUGACUAGAGCUUAUUCCAGUUUCUAUGGCAUUUAAGCAAUAGAGAGUACCCCUGAACAGAAUACCAGUCUGAUGCUAUUGCUGGUACUCAUGUUCAACAGAGUGGACUGAAGCUAUGUGAAAUGAAGUGCCUUGCUCAAGGACACAACACAUCACCCAGUCACGAACUGGAGCCAGGACCUAACAAUCAUGAGUCCAUCACCUGAAAACACUAUGCCACACAUCUUCACACAAGAAACCUUCUGUGUUUAAAAUGUCUGCUGAUAUUUCACAUUUCUUUUUCCUUUGACCCUUAAGCAUUCAGAUUACUCUGUCAGGUAUAAUACUUAUUUAUCCACAUUGUUUUGAAUUAAUCAUACAUUAUCUUGUAGCUUCAAGAUUUUGAUGAUGUUGUUUAUUUUUAGAAUGACACAGCAAAAUAGGUGUGAGAGGCUAUAUUUGGCCAGUUUGAACAUAAAGCUGGUAAAAUAUUUGGGCCAGACACGGCCAGUUUAAAUGCUAAAAGGUUAAAAUAAAUAGAAAACUAAAAGGUAUACAAAUAUUUCAAAAUAAAACUCUUUCCACAGACAUAAAACCCUUUUCAUAAGGAACAGAAGUUAUAGAAAACUGCAAUGAAAUCAGUGUAUUACUGGUUUUGAUCUUUUGACCCCAAAGUAGUGGAAAGCAUACAUAACUCUCAACAGAAUUUUAAUUUUGGGCCACAGAACAUCAUACAAGUGGCAGUUAAACUUCUACUCUAUUUCUCAAUCCACCUGCUACCCUAAUAUUAAAACACCUGAUCAUAAAUUAUGUUACCUGGCCCUUGAAGUGAAAACAUUAAAACACUACCAAUUAAUGUGUAUAAUUUUUUGUUUGUUCGUUUUUGCUUGUGGAGUUGCAACUGGAAGACUAAAAUUUUAAAAGCCAAAUAUGAGUUCAGUAUGGUCUCUUAAAAAUCUUCCUCAUAUUUUAUUAUCAGGCCAUUUGAUUUUUUUUUUUUUUUAUAUUGGGGGUAGUCAGAUUCUAGCUGUGUUAGUAACAUAAAUAUUGAGUAAACAGUCUUCUUUCUUGAAAUACAAGUUAUUAUACUACAGCAAAAAUUUCGGUCUUCUGUAAAAUAUAUUACUGGAGGGAGGAAGAGAGAGAAUGUGUUUGCACGUGCUCUAAGUAUUUAUGUGGAGGUUCUUUUAUUUUAUUUUGUUGUUUUUCUUUGUAACCUCAAAUCUUUAUGCUAUAGACUAUCUUAGCUUGUGUCUGUUUCAACUAUAAAGACAUCUGUAGAAAGUUUCAUCAUGUCAUCUAAAAGAAUAAAAAUUCAGUUUUCAUUAAUACUGUUGAAAUUUAAGCAAAAAAAAAGUUUUUCAAUAAAACUUAUUCAAAUAAUAUGAAUUCAUGAAUAAUUAUUGACAUCAAUGAAGGAAAAAAAUUCCUUAAUUACAAAUAAAUAUUGUUUUUAAUGGAUUGUAUACAAUAUCUUUUCCACUAAAAGUCAUGUUUAUAUACCACACCUUGCUUUCAAACAAGAUACAUUAAAAGAUUCAAUUACCUUAUCUAUUUCAAAGAGCAGCAGAAAUGAGUUAAGCUCCUACCUUACUGAAUCUAUGAUGCAGUUUCGAUUCAGAUGGUAUUUUCUUUUCAUUGUUAAUCAUUUUUUUUUUUCUCCUCAAAGUAUUUUUAACAUAAUAUCUUUAUGAUGUAAUUUCCUUCUCCCUCACCUAUGAAUCCUUGGUCUCAUAUCUCAUUUCUUUUAUUAGGAGGCUUAUUGCUUUUUUGUGGGAUUAUAAUUACCAUUAUUGCGUCAUUUACUACUCAACAUAAUCCAUUAACUGGACAUUCUUUACUAUAAAUUUUUCAUUAUUAUAUUAAUAUAAUUAUCAAAGAUGAAGAGUGGUAAAAUCAGUAGAAUACAGAAAGUGUCCUCUACUGUAUUUGGUUAUGUUCCUUUUACAUUAUGAAUUCAAAGUGCACUGAAGCCAACUUGUCUUUUAUCUGAUUAUGAAGUCUUUAAACUAAGUAUUAGUAAAGUACUAAGGUUGAAAUCAUCAACACUACUCUCUCUCUCUCACACACACACACACACACACACACUCUCUCUCUCUCUCUCUCUCUCUCUCUCUCUCUCUUUAAAUGUGUAGUUGUAUGCCAGUAUUAGAAAUUAAAACAGGCACCAUGUGACAGAUUUAUGAACCUAUAAUCUAAUUUUGGUACUUCGUUGUACCUUAAAUUAUUAAGGAAAGACACUUCCUACCUGCUAUAGUAAUUAGGAAAUUUUUCCCUAAAAUGUAUUUUACCAUUUAAGAGAUAGAUAGAAUAAAAUGGUGGUAUUAAGCAAACCACUUAGAAACAGUACAGUGUUCUAAAGCAGUGUUCCACAACCUUUUUUUCACUUCCGGUACACUUAUAUUCUUUUCAAGAUUCGGUGACACACCUGAACUAAAAAUAUAACUAAAAGUAUAGGGAAAAAAUUAUAUUCAGGUUACACUCUGGCACACCUAGCAUCGUUUCAUGGCACACCAGUGUGUCAUGGCAUACCGUUUCUACAGAAUUAAUACAAUUUUUGUUUUGACUCUAAGAGAGAGACAUAUUUCACUUUAUUCAUGUCAUGUUUCUAAUAUCAUUACAGAAGUGCAUAAAUUUUCAUCAUGCUCUCAGUCAAUAUUGUUAAUACACCCCCUUGAUGUAAAGCAGAUUCAUCGACUCAUUUUUAUCCCUGCUUCCUCAGUCCUGUCCUUAAAAUCUUCUUUGGUAGCAAUUUUCCAAGUAGUAAGUUCAUUUCCAUGAGAGUAGAAAAGACAAAGAAUCCACCCACAAAGUCUCAACUAAAUUCGACUUUCAUUUAUCAUUAAGAGAAAGUAGGACCUACUUUCAUUUGUUAAAUUGUUAAUUUUUUUCUUUUCCACCAUUUAAUUGGCUAUGUAUUUAGUAUUUUUUAUAAAUGGUCUCUAUUGCCAAAGCCCUUAUUAGUAGUUACCCACUCUACCACUAAUAAAAUAGGGAACAUAAACUAAUUUUACAUUUGUUUGAACUGUUCUUUUAUGUUCUUGUGUAACUGAUUGACUUUAAUUCUUUUGAUUAUUACCCUUGUAAUAUUUCAAAAAGUUCUAUUCAUCUUUCUGUGUGAAAUAAAAGAAAGUCUGGUGUUUGUGGGUGGGUGCGGUCUGUGUGUCUGUCUAAUUAAUGUAUGAAUGUAAACUUUGUGGAAUAUUUACAUAAGUAUGUUGUUUCUUUAGCUAAAUUUCUACUUCUAGACACAAACCAAACAAACUUUGAACAAAGAUUGUAUACAUUAGUAAACUCUGUUAAUAUAAACUACAAAUUAUAUUGGCAAAAAAAAAACUGACUAAUUAACUCAAAGCUGCAACAGUAAUAGUUGGCUUUGUUGGUAGUUCUGAUCAACUCAAGCAAACCACAAACAAUUGUUUCAUCAUAAACAAUUGAUGUAUAACUGACUGCAUAAAGCGUAGGUUUCCAAAUUGAGGAUUAUGCUGACUUUUUUUGACUGAGGUAUAGGACAAGUGGAUAAAUUACACAUGCAAAUGAUAUUUGGUGGAAAUACUUCAACAGAUAUUGAAAACCUAAAAUGCAAACUGGGUCUCGAGAAAUCUUUUAUAAAAAGAAAAAGUACAUAUACAAGCUUGACUCUUAAUUCCAAAAGCUCUUGUAUAAUUUCUUUCUUUACAAAUGUGUCAUUUUAAAUGUACUUCUUAAAAUAUUCUACCUUUUACUUAAAAUUCUACUUUUCUUUCAUCCCACCCAGAAAAAAAAUCUAACCACUAACACCAAAUUCUUCUCAAAAAAAUCAAUCUUUAUACUUGUACUCCUUUUUUCAUUUUUCUUUGUUUCUUUUUUUUUUUUUUUUUUUUUUUUUUUUUUUUUUGAUACUCAAGAUCAUAUACUCAAUAUGUAACACAAUAUGCAAAGAUCCCUUCCCUAUCCUCAGCAUAAACAAUCGUACUCAUUGUAUAUCUUAACCGUCACCAAACCUACUACCAUAAUAUAUCUAAAACCCUCCAACCCAUCUUCGCUCUAUCUUCCACUUGGUUUUUUUUUCUUUUUUUUUUUAUGUCUACCCAAAAACUCCAUCUUACUGUUUUUCUAUAAUUUGAUAACUGAAGGUUUUGAUUCUUACAAGCUGUCUUUUCUCCCUUUUACUAUAACUAAACUAUUUUUCAUUGGUAUUUUUCUACGUUUUUUUUUUCUUGUUUUUGUUUUUGUUUGAGUUGAUUUCUCCCUCCCCUUCAACUCUUUAGUGUUUAUCUUUGUGGACACAGCUGUUUCUCAUAAGUGUGUGCACGUGUAUGUAUGUAUUUUUUUUCCAGUGUCUAUAUGCAAGAGUGCGUGCAGUUCUAUGAUCAAAUGUAUAUAUAAUAUAUAUGUGUGUAUAUAUAUACAUAUAUAUAUGUAUAUGUAUGUAUGUAUAUCUUGCUUAUGACUGAUUUCAUAAAUUUAUAUAUAUAGUUAUAAAUAUAUAAGUGUGUGUAUGUGCAUAUGUAUGUAUAUGUGCGUGCACGCUUAAUUGUGUACAAUUAUGAUUCAAUAUAUGUAUAUAUUUGCAUGAACGAAUAAAUUUGCAAAUCUUUGAGAGUUUGCAGUGAAGAAUAGAGCGAGUGUUUUAUGGGAAGGUUUACAGUUAUAUGAGUGAGUAAAUCAAAAGUAUAUGUGUGUGUGUGUGUAUAUAUAUAUAUAUAUAUAUAUAUAUAUAUAUAUAUAUAUAUAUAUAUAUAUAUAUAUAUAUACAUUUAUAUAUAUACUAUAUAUAUAUAUAUAUAUAUAUUAUAUAUAUAUAUAUAUAUUCCCAGUCCUCCAGAACCAUUCUUGGCAUUCCGUAGCCUUGCCGUUGUGUGCAAGUUGUCAGAGAGAUUCGCUGUGUCCAGCUUGCUAGCCAUGUUACAUGUGAAACGUGCUUGCACACAUUGCCUAUCUUACUAUACCAACCACUAUGUCUAGCUGUUGUGAUUAAAAGCACCUUACUACUCUGGCCUCAAAUGAUGCUGCCAGAUUGUAUUAUAGUUAUUGUGACUAAAUAAAUAGACACACUUCUUAAAUACUA